AAAAUGUGACUUCAGUUGCUUUGUUACAGUUGUCAUGGUUACAGUCCUGCGUCCAGAAUGGCGUCUUUGCUUGGGGAGCAUCUCUUUCAGAUCAGUGGGCAGGGUCCCCCUCCUUCUAAAGACUUCUUCCAACUCCUUAUCACCAAAACAGAGGUAAUAUGGAGAUCAUGGAGGAUUUCUUUGCGACAUGAAAACCGGGGUGCUUCACCCGAAGAGGUGAAGACAUCCCAUCAUGAUUUCCUACAUGCGCAAAUGUCACAGACUAUAGGACAAGUUGGUCUUGUUUUUGGGAAGAAGAUCCUGGAUUACACAAGAUCACUUUGUCAAGGAAAGUUUGAUUACCUGGAGCGCUUGCCUGAUGACUCACUGCUCCAAAUCCUGUCCUACCUAGGGCUGAAAGAUAUGUCAAUACUGGCACAGGUUUCACAGAGAUUCAGAAAGCUCUGCAACUCUGAGAAGUUUUGGGAGCAGAUUGUGAGGAAUCGCUGUGUUGAGUUUACCGGUGACCUGGAGGGCGUAGGAAAUGCCAUGGGCUGGAGGAGAAUGUAUUUUGCCCUUUUCCACAUCAGUGGCAGUAAGGAGCAGCAGUGAAGCAACUGAACAGUUAAAAUUACUGUUCUGAAACAACUGCAUUACAAAUGUUAUCACAGUGGA